AUGGCAUUCCAGGAGUUGGUGUCAUUUGGGAAUGUGGUGGUGAACUUUACCUGGGAGGAAAAGCAGGACCUGGACGAUGCUCAGAGAACCCUGUACAGGGAGGUGAUGCUGGAGACCUACAGAAGCCUGGUGUCUUUGGGCGCUUCCCCGCCCCUGCCAGUUUCCGCCAGGAGUUUCCUGGGGCUGCUGCUUUGCAGACGCCAAAGCGCGGACUUUGAAUUCCUUUACAGAAUCCCUGAAGUUCUCUGUGCGAGGGUGAUAGAGAAAGCGGCCGCGGGGAUCCUAGGGUACAGGACCUGCGACCCUGACGAGGUGUUGGCAGAACCGCAGGUGGUCGUCCCGCAGAAGCAGAACUUCCAUAUUCCAAUGGCUGGUGAGCAGAGAAGAAAUAUGGCAUUCCAGGGGUCAGUGUCAUUUGAGGAUGUGGCUGUGGACUUUACCUGGAAGGAAUGGCGGGACCUGGACAAUACACAGAGAACCCUGUACAGGGAGGUGAUGCUGGAGACCUACAGCAUCCUGGUGUCCUUGGGGCAAUGCAUCACCAAACCUGAGCUGAUCAUCAAGCUGGAGCAAGGAGCAGAGCCAUGGAUGAGAAAAAAACCACCAAGCCAGAGCCCUCCAAAUGUCCAGAAGGUGGAUGUCAUAAUUGAGGUCAGUGAGGAAAGUCAAGAUAGACAUUUGUGGCAAGCUGGAAUCACUGUGAACAACACAACACCUGAGGAGAGAGUUAUAUUAGGACAUGCCAUUCAUUUGAGUUCCAGUCAUAUUUCAAAUUUGAUUGUAAAGAAUGCAGGCUCUUUAGGAGUGAAGCCAAAGGAGUUGAAUGUAUGUCAGAACACACAUCGCCCUAGUAAGCCUGACGGGAUGUAUGCUGGUGAGAAACCCUAUCAGUGUAAUCAGUGUGGAAAAUACUUUGUAAAGAAGUCACACCUCACCCAGCAUAAGAUAAUUCACACUGUGAAGAAGCCCUAUCAAUGUAAUCAGUGUGGAAAAACCUUUCACAAGAAGUCAUAUCUCACCAAACAUGAGAUACUUCACACUGGGGAGAAGCCAUAUAAGUGCAGUCAGUGUGGUAAAAACUUUGCCUGGAAGUCAAACCUCAAGAUGCAUGAGCUCAUUCACACUGGGGAGAAGCGCUAUAAGUGUAGUCAGUGUCAUAAAACCUUUGGCUAUAAGUCACAACUCACUAGGCAUGAGAUGAGUCACACUGGGGAGAAGCCCUAUCAGUGUAGUCAGUGUGGAAAAUCCUUUCACUUGAAGUAUAUCCUCGAGAGACAUGAGAUAAUUCACACUGGGGAAAGGCCCUAUCAAUGUAAUGAGUGUGGAAAAACCUUUGGCCGGAAAUCAAACCUCACUAAACAUGAGAUAAUUCACACUGGGGAGAAGCCCUAUCAGUGUAAUCAGUGUGGAAAAACCUUUGGCCAGAAGUCAAGACUCACCAGUCAUGAGAUGAGUCACACUGGGGAGUACCCCUACAAGUGCAGUCAGUGUGGUAAAACCUUUUUGGGGAAGUCAGGCCUCACCAUGCAUGAGAGAAUUCACAUUGGGGAGAAGCCCUAUGAGUGUAGUCACUGUCAUAAAACCUUUGUUUCAAAGCUAAAACUCACUAGACAUAAGAGGAUUCACACUGGGGUGAAGCCCUAUCAGUGUAGUCAAUGUGGAAAGUCCUUUCACCGGAAGUCACACCUCACUAGACAUGAGAUAGUUCACACUGGGGAAAGGCCCUAUCAAUGUAAUCAGUGUGGAAAAACCUUUUGCCAGAAAUCAAGCCUCACUGUGCAUGAGAGAAUUCACACUGAGGAGAAGCCCUAUCAGUGUAGUCAGUGUGGAAAAUCCUUUCACCUGAAGUCAAUCCUCACUGGACAUGAGAUAAUUCACACUGGGGAGAAGCCCUAUCAAUGUAGUCAGUGUGGGAAAAGCUUUGGCCAAAAAUCAAGCCUCACUAUACAUGAGAGAGUUCACACUGGGGAGAAGCCCUACCAGUGUAAUCAGUGUGGGAAAACCUUUGGCCAGAAGUCACACCUCAGCACGCAUCAGACCACUCACAAGAAAAGAGUCUUGAAGGUGGAAGAGCUUUCUCGGAAAUCAAACCUCAGGAAACAUCAGAGAAUUCACACAGUGGCAAAAUCUUGAAUGGCAGAGACUAGCUAUGUGUCCUCCAAAGCUUUUUUUUUUUCUCUGUGAUACAGCAAGAUCUUUUCUGCCUCCUCUUCCUGUGCCCAACAGUUCACAGCUCUCUGUGGAGAUAAAGCUAACAGUGAUGAACAUUCCUUCCAGGCCUAAAUUUAACAGUGACCUUGCAAUCUUGCCAGACUUGGAGUGGGAGCUCUACGUCUUCAGUCACUGUGAUUUCAGACAGAAAUGAAGACAACAGAGGACUUUCCACCACUGGCCCAGCACCUUCCAUUUGUUACAUGUGAGAAAUGAAACCUACUCUGUUCAGCCAUUUUGUGUGUGGCUGUUCAUUUCAGCACCCACAGCCAGUGUUGCUUACUCACUUUAUGAAUUUGGGAGGUGUUCCUGAGAGACUCACCAGUUCAUGUUUAUCAGAAAAGUCAUACAGAAGAAGACAGCUUCAAUCAGAUUCAAGCCUGUGGCAUCCUGGACUCCUAGCCCAUGGAAAGCCUCCCUACACUGCCCCACAGGAUGAUAUUCUCCCCAACAGCUGCCUCCAAACCUCCCUGUGUGAAACUGCAGAAAAUAGAGGUGAGCAUCAUGCACCAGUCACCACUCCCCAACCCACCACCAGCAAAACUGAAAGCCAUAAACAGCGAACUGUAAUUUAACACUGACUUUGUUGUUGGUGGGGGGGGGGGCGUGUGGAAAACUGAACCUGCCCAGGAGAACAAGGGAGGAUCAAAGAGCCAAUCUCUCACUGCUAAACUGUCAGGGGCAUGGUAAGGAACUGAGCUCUCAGCGCUGAACUCUCAGUGACAUGCCAUAAAACAGGCAUGCUUGAGCAGACAUGGGCUGACAAGCCAACCACCUAAAGGAGCCACCAGCACCCAGCAAAGAUUGGGGGAAUCACAAAGGCCAAGAGAGAGGAACUAACCUCCCAAGCAGGGCAGGCAGUAGAUCCCAGAGCUGAUAUCUGGGACAGAGGUCAGCACUCAAAACUGAAUUGCCCUACCUUGCUAGGGGAGGAGUUGACCAAUCAGACCUGCAGCUGAAGAACACCCCAGCUGCCACCUGCUGAAAACAGCU